ACCGGCGCGGGGCGCUGCGCUAGCCCGGGUCGGGCCCGGGGCUCCCGGGCUGUACUUAAGCGGCCGCGGGCGGUGCGGGGUCAGCGCCAUGAAGCUGGGGCUGUUCCUGCUGCUGCUGUUGGUCCCCCUGGGCCCCUCCGGCCACUGCCGGCUGGCCUCGGGGCACCGCCUGCCAGGGAAGCGCGGCGAGUGCCCCCGGCCCAGCAGGAUCCCCCUGAAGCCCUGCGGCAACUUCUGCUCUACGGACGACAGCUGCCCGGGCAGCGAGCGCUGCUGCAGCACCGGCUGCGGACGGGAGUGCCGGCUCCCCGUGGGAGCCAAGAGAGGCUUCUGCCCGCGGCUGGACCCUAGCAUGAUGACCAUCUGCACGGUGCGGUGCAGCAAAGACAGCGACUGCCAAGGCAGCAGCAAGUGCUGCAGCAUGGGCUGCGAUGUCCACUGUGUGGGGUCAGUCACAGCCAAACCAGGCGUCUGCCCCAAGAGAAAGGUGCUGCAGACCUUCGCCCCCUGCAGCAACUCCUGCAAGGAUGACACCGACUGUCCCCGCUAUGAGAAGUGCUGCUUCACCGGCUGUGGCCUUGGCUGCCUGCCUCCGGACAGAGGUACCACGGCUCUGCUCCUGCCCACUGCCUGGGUCCACCAGCUGGGUCCUGCUCCCUCCGGCGGCCCUGUGUCCUCGGGUGACAUCUGUCACCUCCCGCCCGUGCCUGGCCCGUGCAGGGGACGUUUCCGUCGCUAUGCCUAUAACCCUGCCACGGGGACCUGCCAGCUGUUCAUUUAUAGUGGCUGUGGGGGGAACCCCAACAACUUCAGAACGGUGGAGGAGUGCCAGCAGGUCUGCCAGCAACCGGGGAGAGCCAAGGAGUGACCCCGAGGAGGAGGUGGCAGUGGGGCUUCAGCCCCUCCGUGGGGCCAGCAACCCAGGGGCUGAAGUCUGCGGCGGUGCUGGCUGCCACGCUCUGCCCCAUGCAAUAAAGCCGCCAGGACGCCUGGCUUGCAGCAG